AUGCAGUCAGUGCAGAUUUUGACCUUGGUCCUGCUGGCCCUAGGAGCAUGGGCUGCUCAGAAUUCAAUAGAGAAGGCUGGGUACUGCCCAGACUUCCACCAGGUCUUGUCAGACAAAACUGAUUGUAAACGGAUGUGCAGCGAUGAUUUCAGCUGCCCCCAGAACCUGAAAUGUUGCCAACGGGGCUGCAGCUGGCUGUGUAUGAACACCACCCUAGAAAAGGAUGGUAUGUGCCCCCUGUUAACCUCUUCUUCCUCCUCUGAGGAGCACCAGCUCUAUCGGCUUUGCGAUAAGAAGUGCAAGACUGACCUGGACUGUGAUGGGGAAGCUAAAUGUUGUCUUAGCUCUUGUGGCCGCACCUGUUCCGUGCCUAUCAAAGCUAAGCCUGGUCAGUGUCCUGCUGUGGCCGAGUUUUGCCCCAAGAAUAAACCCUGGGUCCACACCUGUCGGAAAGAUCAUCAUUGCAAGGGAAGACAAAAGUGUUGUUUCUCUGGCUGUGGUCGUAGGUGUAUGGAACCUUUCCUGGAGGAGCAAGAAGCAGUAACCAGAAGCUUUCGUCAGGAGGAAAGCACCGUCCUAGCCCUUUAA